CUCCAAAAGUGUUAUCAUUGCAUGUACGCACUACCUACGAAGUACAGUGCUCCGUACCUGGGUAGAUCCAUACAUGCGCGCACUACGGUGGAACCGCUGGUCUGUGUACCAUUACCCCACCCCAAAUCUGCUUGACAUAAACAAGGUUGAAGGUGACUGGUACUUUGUGUCGUACGGAGUAAUGCGAAGAGAAUCUCCUUUUCCAUGCGUCAAUGACCAUAUCAGAAUGAAGACUAAUCAAACGGAGUAUGCACACGAAACAGGAGCAUCCUCGAUGUCGCUUUGCUAUGGAAAUUGGAUUCACUAUCGUACUCGAUCAGGCACAAUCAGCGCCUGACGGUGCCAGUUGCCCGCAAACAAGAUCAAAAUGGUAAAUCUUCUAGGACUGGCCAUGUGAUGAACAAAGAUACAUGUGCCGUCCUGUCCCCUUCUCAGUCACGGAAAUACGGAUACAGUAGGCCUAGUCGGCAACGUUGCGCCCCCCCCCCCUU